AUGAAGAGACACUGUAAAAACCCGCUGUUCAGAAUCCCAAUGCAAGCUACAUGCCGCAAAACUUGUGGAUAUUGUGAAGAGAACUGUUGCCAGGACUAUUCCAUGAAGUAAGUCGCAGUCGAAAGCUGUGUUCUUCUGUUCUAAAAGUUUCAAAUUCAAAAAUUUCUCGUUCGGUGACUUCUCGCUUCGAAAAUCUGCCCGAUUUCUAUAAAAAUCCUUCGUAACUUUACCAACUUUCAGCUGCGACAUUUUGAAGAAAGCUGGUGUCUGUGAAUCCAAGAGCCAUUUCAUGUUGAGUUACUGCAAGAAAACGUGCGGCCUGUGUGAAGAAGGCUCCACAACCCCAUCAAGCGGAGAAGUGUCCGACUUUACACCCGUGCCAACCCAAGUCACCGACUCUGAUCUUGAUGAUACAACAUACGCCGAAUUAACCGAACAUCCUACAGAAAUCACUGAUAGGCCUACUGAGGACACUGAUGACUCAUCGGAGGAAACAGAAGUUCCGUCCGAGACAACUACGCCUGCAAGAAGAAGAAGGACCAGACGCCAUAGUCGUCGUCGUAGAAGAACUACAGCGCAUACUGAGACUACAACAGAGCCAACCGAGGUGAGUGAAGCCACAACGGACGCGUCCCUCGAAACUGAUGCUACUGAAAGUGUUACUGAGGCUACUGAUGCCGCCAGUGAAGCAGCAACCACACCAGCCACAAGUAAAAGAACCAGACGGCAUAGACGCAACCGCAGAAAAACUAAAUCUUCCACAAAGGUAACAGAAACAUUCACUGAGGCUACAGAAACUACUGAAGACCAAGAUGACGCCACACAGGCCACCCAGACUCCUGAAGAACACACAGACGGAAACCAUAUUACAUCUGCGCCGACUGAUUUCACCGAUGAACCAACCGAGAAUCCUGACGACUCGAGCAAGUCAUCUGAAGAUACCGCAGUUUCCACCAGAGCUACAGAAGUACCAGCUGAGGAAACUGAGGCUACGAAAGGCUUUUCUGAUCCCGCCACCAUUUCUACCGACGUUACUGAAACUCCAAGAGAUAAAGUUACAGAGCCCGUGGAAGAAGACGCCUCAGAAGCGACUAACCUUGCAUCUAAUGCAACCGAAGCUACCGCUGGCCCUUCCAGCUCAUCGCUGAUUCCCUCAGAUUCCACAGAGUCUCCGGCCACCGCUUCUGCUGCAACUGUAGAAACAAAAGAAUCAUCAACGGCUCUUCCCUCAUCCACGCCAUUCGUCGAGCCAACUACGCAAAAGAAACAUCCUGAUAUCAUUGGCUGUGGAACCACGGAAAAGCCGGAGGAAAGGAAGGGUUGGCUAGAAUGGCUCAAGGAGAAGGCCGGGAAAGCCAAGAAGAAGUGGGGCAGCCAGUGA